CAGGAAUCGCGAAAGAAGCACGAUCUAACUGUUAGCCGUUCCUGUGGUUUUACCUCCGGGGAGGACAGAUGGUCGUUGAGAAGAAAAGACCCACCCAGAGAGUCAGAUGAAAUCUAAGAGGACUGCAUAUAUUGGUAUCUACUCAGACACAUCUUUUAAAACAAGGAGCUGUGCUGUGCAAUACAAAAACAAAGAGAUGGAAAGUAGAAGUGUUUGUGAGAGCCCACAGGUCAAAUCCCCUGCUUCUGAAAUUAGCACAGAGCUAAUCUGUGCUUCUGAGAAUCAAACCGAAGACUGGCAGGUGGCACCCACGCCUCUGCGUUAUGCUCCAAGAACGCCCCUGAAAAGGAGGUUAUUGUUGCUGUCCGUAUUUGGCGGGAUCAUCACCCUGGCCUGCCUCGUCACUGUAUUUUACUUAUACUUGUUUGAGAGAGCAGCGAUACUGUCUGAGGUGAAGGAUCUUAGGGCAUAUCUGGACUCAUGGCAAGAGCCGGUGAAGGUGGCCUUCUCAGCAUCUUUGAGAAAAGGAGAGAACUUUACCUUGGGACCGUAUCCUCAAUUUCACAUUCUGGUCUUCAAAAACGUCUUAACAAAUGUUGGUCGUGCUUACAAUGUCUCUACAGGCAUCUUCACGGUUCCCGUGCGGGGCGUCUACAGGUUCUACUUCACUGCAUUCGGAUGGGGCGAACGCACUCCGUGUGGCAUCCUCCUCCACUUGAAUGAGGACUAUUUAAUGGGUAAUUACGACAACAAUCCCGGCCCGGGACGAGGGGCAACCAACAUGAUCACCCUGGAGCUGGACGUGGGACAGCUGAUCUACAUGGGGCUCAGCAAGGGCCGGCGGCUCCAAGUCAGCCCCGGGAACUACAACCUUUUCAGCGGGCGGCUGCUGUUCACCCUGUGAAAUGAAGCCAAGGCUCAAAUGCCCCCUUUCACAGUUGAUCAAGGUA